AUGAGCUACCAGGACUUGGCCGAGCAAAGUCAUCAGAUGGCCCGUGGCCUCCGACGGUGCGGAACCCGCGCCGCGGAACGCGCCGCUCCGGGUUCCGCCGGCGUUCCGGGCGCAGCGUGCGCCGUGUGGAUGCCAAAGAGUCGAUGGGUGGUGAUCACCGCAUUGGCCAUUUUGGAGACCGGCGGCAUUUAUGUUCCCUGUGAUGAGCGGCUGCCUUGGGGGCGCGUGGCCAACAUGGUCUCCUUGGCGGCGGUGAAGGUGUUGGUGGCAGGAGAACACCAACUCCGAGGCAUACCUGAUGGUUUGAACGAAGAGUUGUUGAUCACGACUGCUGAAGAGCUUUUCGAGGACCAGGACGGCUUGGCAGAUGGGGAUGAUUGGUGCCAUCCAAGGGCAUCCGAGGACAGCACAGCCUAUGUGAUUUUCACCUCAGGUUCCACAGGCCAACCGAAAGGUGUGGCAGUGACGCACCGAUCCAUUGUGCAUCUCGUGGACUGGGUGAAUUCCACCUAUCAGAUCACCUCAGAAGACUCGUUGCUCUUUGUCACUUCCAUCGGCUUUGACCUCUCCUGCUAUGACAUGUUUGGAUCGUUGGCCGCUGGCAGCACCAUCCACAUGGCACGAAACCAUCUGCCAGAGAAGUUGUUGAAGAUUCUCACCGAGCAGAAGAUCACCUUCUGGAACUCAGCACCUCAAGUCUUCUCCGCGCUGGGCGACCUUGAUGGAGGGACUUGGAGGAAGAACCCGAAGCACACUCCUCCGAGGUCGCCGGAGGUUGCGGUGUCGUCCAAGUGCCUUCCAGCUGCCUCUGAUGCUGGGAGCGAUGGAUCUCGAGUCGCGAGGCAGAUGCCUUCUCACGCUUCCGGCUUAGAUGAAGCGCUGAAGGGGCUGCGGUUGAUCUUCCUCAGCGGGGAUUGGAUUCCCCUCGCGCUGGCACGCAAGAUCUUGGCUGGUGCGAGAUCGGGCGCUGUGCAGCCCGAUGUGAAGCUGGUGGCUCUGGGCGGUGCUACGGAGGUCACAGUUUGGUCGAACUAUUUCGAAGUGGAGGAGGUGGACUCGGCUUGGCGUUCGAUUCCAUAUGGCCGGCCCAUUUGGAAUCAUCAGUACUAUUGCCUAAGUGACGCUAGUGACGUGAUGACCGUGCACUUGGGGAUGACCGGGCAGUUGUACAUCGGUGGGGUGGGAGUGGCCGAAGGCUACGUGGGACGACCCGACCUCACGGCGGAACGUUUCCGGACGAAUCCCUUUCGCCAUGGGCGCCCUCUGGGCCGCAACGACCGGCUCUACCACACGGGCGACGUGGUACGUUUCAUGCCACUGAAGCCCUGGGGCGUCUCGCGCAUCUCCUCCGGGCGUCUCGCGCUGAGAGCCGAUGAAGUGGUUUUGGAGUUCCUCGGACGUUGUGAUUCCCAGGUGAAGAUCCGUGGCUUUCGUGUGGAGGUGACCGAGGUGGAAGAGGUGAUCCGACAGCUGGGUGCCGAGGCCGCGGUCCUCGCAUUGCCGGGCGUGGACAGUGAUCUUGAGCUGGUGGGCUUCCUUGUGGGGACGGAAGCGGAUCUGAAGCGAGUCAAGGAAGGCUUGGGGGAUUUGUUGCCUUCCUACAUGAUCCCUGAGCUUGCAUGCUUAGACGAGCUGCCCUUGAGUGCCAAUGGCAAGUUGGACCGUUCUCAGCUGCAACGCCAGAGGCGCACGUGCCGCGCGCAGCGCGCCGCCGCAGGGGAGGCCGCGCGCAGCGUGCAGCCUCCGGCAGCGGAAGACACGGAGAUCGUUCUCCGGGUGGCGACAGCAUUUCAGGAGAUCUUGGGUCUGGAUGCCAUGCCGUCCAUGGAUGUGAACUUCUUCGAAUUGGGUGGGCACUCGUUGUCUGCGAUGCAAUUGCAGAGGGUGCUGGAAACCGGAAGCGAACGCGGACGUGGCAGCCGAAGACUGUCGCUGCGGGAGGUCUUUCAGCAUCCGACGGUGGCCGGCUUGGCCAAACUCUUAGCCGAGGAGAAUCACACCGAUUCCCAUCACUCGCCGCGGGAGAAGCCGCCGCUUUUGAGUGGCCACAGCCGUGAAAAUGAUGGCGGUGGUCUUCCAGCAUCCUUUGCACAGGAAAGACUCUGGCUGGAACAGCACCUUCUUCCAGGUCCCAGCUACAACGUGCCCUUUGCCUGGCGCGUGACCGGUGUAAGCCACUUGCACCUGGCAGCAGCCAUCGUGAAGUUGCUACGGCGACAUGAGAUCUUGAGGACGGUGCUACUAGGUGGAGUCUCUCAAGACGGCAAGCUGGAGCUGUCGCAAGAGAUUCUGCCGUUGGAUGUGGAGAUUCCACUGGACAUGCUAGCAGCACGCAACUUCCUGUGUCCCUGGUUCUCGGUGGAGCGGGCCGACUCCAGCGCUGCGGCCGAGUUGAUGCGAGAGGACGCGGUGAAAGGCUUUGAACUGGAUCGUGGAGUGAUGAGGGCACGUCUAUUUGCCGUGGGCGAGGAGGAGUUCUUGCUGUACUUCAACAUUCACCACGUCGCCUUUGAUGCUGCAUCACAGGUGAUUCUUGAGAAGGAGCUUUGUAUGGACCUCCUGGGAAAGCAAAUGCCGGAAGAAGGAUCUAGGGCGCGUUAUGUGGAUUACGCACAGUGGCAUCGCAGAUGGUUGGAGGAGGGCGAAGCUGAACGCUGCUUGAGAUAUUGGAGGAAGAAGCUGGUCGGCGCACCACUGCAUCGUCCCUGGCCCCAACUUGUGACCGACAGCGGCAGCUCUGGUGCCACAGUCAUCUCAACGUGGCCUGCACCUGUGAGUGGUGCAUUGAGGGCCCUGGCACGAAGACAUGGAAGCUCCGAGAUGGUGCUGAUGCUAUCCUUGUUUGGACUUUUGCUGAGCAUCCACCUUGGCGAGGACCUGCUGGUGGGCAUUCCGGAAGCUGGUCGUAGUGGAGAUCCUCAACUGGACGACAUCAUCGGCUUCUUCGUGAACACGUUGCCGAUCCGUCUCAGCUGUCCAACGCAGGCGACCUUCAAGGACUUGCUGGAGAGGACGCAGGCGACUUUGCUGGAGGCGAUCGAACACUCGGCGCUGCCCUUUCAAGCGGUAGCCGACCUGAGACAGGAGAAGGGCCACCAGGGUGGUCUGCAAGCGUUCUUCCAACAUACCCAUGACGUCACCGUGGCGUCGGAGUUGUUGGAGCCAUUUGACUUUGGAACAUGGCCAGCCUUGGCCAAGUUCGAGGUGAGCCUGCACACGAGCUUGGAUGACCAGGGUGGUCGCCUCCGAUGGGAGUUCAUGCCAGAGGUUGUACCCCACAGUUUCGUGAAGCUAUUGGAUCGGCACUUGGCUGCCAUGGCCGAGCGACUGGCCUCGAACACACCUGGUGCUUUGUGUAUGCCUUUGUGGCGCUUGCGGGAACCUCCUUGGGAUCUGCGGCACGCCGUGCUGCAUGAUUGGACAGCCAGCGUUUCGCCUCCCUUGCCGGAAUGUCGACUGGAAGAUCUUUUGGAGCAACAAGCCAAACGUACACCCCAGCAAACAGCGGUGCUUUGCGUGGAAGCAUCUCAACGCCUCUCAUACCGGGAGUUGCUGGAAGAAUCUCAAGAGUUGGCUGAGAUUUUAAUCAAGAUCUACGACGCGAGUGGCUCCAGCUGUGCGCCGACGGGCUCGUGUUCUUUUCCCGCAGCUCCCGUGCUCGACGUCUUUCGUGUGGGGCUGCUAACGGAACGAGGCUUGGACCUUCCAGUGAUGGUCUUCGCUGUGCUGACGGCUGGGGGCGCGUUCGUACCCUUGUCGCCGGACUUCCCAGCAGAGCGGCUGAAGUGGAUCAGUCAAGACGCUCAGGUGGCUGUGCUCUUGGCCACGCCCAGCACCGCGGAGCCGGCGGCCCUCUUGGCCUCCGCCUUUCACCCGGUCCUUCCGCUUCACGUGGUCUCCGCCAGAAGCCGGUCGACCGGGCGCCUGCGCCGCCCUACUCGGCGGCGGCGUACGCGCGCGCGGAGUUCGGCGUAUGUGCUGUUCACCUCUGGAUCCACGGGAAGGCCUAAGGGAGUGGUCGUGUCGCAGCAGGCGUUGGUGUCACAUUUGAUGCCAUACCUGCGGGUCUUGAAGCUCACGGCUGGUGACAAAGUGCUUCUGACCAGUUCGUUCACCUUUGAUAUGGCCUAUUCACAACUCUUUGGAGCCUUGCUCAGUGGAGCGCAGUUGAUCAUCACCUCUGAGAACCCCAUGAUCGACCCGGAGCAUCUUCGCCAAAUCCUCUACGAGCAACAGAUCAGCUUUACCACUCUAGUGCCAUCGGUGCUAUCUUUCAUGAAUGAGUGUGAGAUGCCCUUUCCUUUACCAUUGAGACAUUUAGGCUGUGGAGGAGAAGCACUUGCUUCCAAAGCCUUGCUGGACUUCUUCCAGUCUGCACGGAAUCAGUCGAAGUCCGAGAACCCAGUGGACGUUCAGGUGCACAAUCGCUAUGGUCCCACUGAAUGUGCCAUCAACGCCCUCCUCUUGGGACCCUUCAGCCUUAAGAGUCACGGAACCAGGUGUUCCAAGGUCGAAGCCGUUCCCAUUGGCUGGCCCAGUGGUUCUCGACAGAUCUGGAUCCAAGGGUUUGGCUUAGAAAAGGGAGAACUCGUUCUGGCUGGUGCUGGCUUGGCUUUGGGUUAUACCUCGACCUCGCCGCUCCGGCGCGGGCCCUUCGCUGAGAACCUCCGCGGCGCGGGGCGCUGCUACGGCAGCGGCGACAUGGCGGCUCGAGCGCUGGACGAGCUCGGGACGCUGGGCUGUGUGAGCUUUUGCGGGCGGAGCGAUGCUCAGGUCAAGCUCCACGGUCAACGCAUUGAGCUGGGCGAAAUCGAACAGGCGAUCUUGGAAUGCCCGGAGGCUCUCUUGCACUGUGCAAAGCUGCUGCCAAGGGCCAUGAUCCCCAGCUUCCACUGGAUCGCUGGGUGGCCCCGAAGCAGCUCCGGAAAGAUCGACCUCCAAGCCCUGGCGAGCCGCGCCGUCGCUCACCCCGCCGUGGUGAGCGACGGCGAGGUGGUUCCGGGAGUGGUGCUGCCCCGCAUGAGCGAGUGGAGCGGACUGGAAGGACAAGUGCAGGUUUUGAUGAAGACCUUGGCAGAGCUGGGCCUGGGAGACACCUCACCCAGCUCACGGGUGUCUUCCUUGGGCCUCAACUCAUUGCUGGCGCUUCGUGUGAGCAGAAACUGUGCUCAGCAGGGCGUCAAGAUCUCGCUUCAACGACUGCUGGGCGAUGGCACAGUGGAAGAUGCCAUCGAGCCAGGUGACGGUCUGGAUCCGAUCGAAGAGGGCUUGGAGCUCUUGUUGGGAAGGACUGCCCUGGAGUUCCGGCUGUUGGGAUCGGAUCUCCAUGGCGAGCAACCUUGGGAGCUCCUCCUUUGCCCGGGCGAUGGUGGCGUCGGUUUGGAAGGCUAUCGGCCAUUGGCUUUGGCCCUGAACCAUGCAGCUGGGACACGGGCAGGUGUGAAGUCUUCAGCUUGGAUUCCUAGGAGCAAGGAGGCGACUAGUAGCUCCUGGCAUCGCUACCAGGAGCAAGCACCUAGGUAAAGGACCAUGUUACGAGGACCAUGUUUUCAGGGCUCAGCUUGAAGUUGCAGGUAGUGAC